UUCAUGGUCUCCAGGAUCGAAUUGCUUCCCCGGCCUGACAUCUCCACUCCCACGAGUCAAUCUCGACCAAUUUCUGGGUGAAUACCCUCAUCUCCGCUCUUGCACCUUUUUCUCCUUCUUCCACCAGCUCAAUUGGCUGUCUAGACGACAAUGCUGUACAGAACCACUGCUGCCCGCUCUGUCCUCAGGGCUAUCUCGAGCUCCAACGCCUCGGUCGCCCGCUCGGCCCUGUCCAACAAUGUCUUCAAGGCUCCCUUGACCUCUUCCGCUCGUUAUCCCGCUCGCCCGACCACCUCCCCCAGCCUCGCUCUGGCUGCUCGCAAGCCCGUCACCACCGCUCUUGUCCGCUAUGCCUCCACCUCCGCUAAGGAAGGCGAGGAGCCCGACAUGAUGGCCGGUAUCAAGACCGAGGCUAAAGUCAUCAAGGACACCUUCAGCCUGGAGGCCGUCCCCAAGGAGGCUCUCUACCUCGGAAUGGCCGGUGUCAUCCCCUACGUUGCUACUUCCCUGCAGACCGUCGCCCUCGCCUAUGAGGUCAAGACCGCCGCUUUGGCCGGUGAUGGUCUGAUCUUCUCCGGCCAGAGCGCCGAGUUGAUGCUGCACAUGAUCGAGCCCAUCCAGGUCGGCUACGGUGCUGUUAUCCUCUCCUUCCUCGGUGCCAUCCACUGGGGUCUCGAGUGGGCCGGCUACGGCGGCAAGUACGGCUACAAGCGCUACGCUGCCGGUGUUAUCGCCCCUGCCGUUGCCUGGCCUACCCUGCUGCUCCCCGUUGAGUAUGCCCUGAUCUCUCAGUUCCUUGCCUUCACCUUCCUGUACUACAACGACGCUCGCGCCGCUGCUGCCGGCCGCGCCCCCGCCUGGUACGGCAUGUACCGCUUCGUCCUCACCUUCAUCGUCGGUGCCAGCAUUGUUGCCAGCUUGAUCGGCCGUGAGCAGAUCGCUGGUACCCUCAGCACUGAGCACACCAUCAAGGACAAGAUCAACGCUCUGAUCUUCCUGCAGAAGAAGGAGAAGGAGGAGGUUGAGGCCCGUCGUCGCGCUGAGCUCGAGGAUGCCGAGUAAGGGAUUAAAAUCAAUUGAUAUCUCAUGUCAAAGUGUUGGUUUAUUUUAAUUCCCUGAAAAGUAUAUAGUACAAAGGGCAAUUCGGAGAAUUGGGGAUGGGGGGAAAGUCAUCCAGGCUGUCUGUGGCAAGCAUGGUUGUGAUACAGUAGAAAUCAUGUCGGGUCUUUAUGUAUGAUGUAGUUUUAUACUACUACUACUGUUUUUUUUAUUUUGGGUUGAUGUGUUUCUUGUAGAUUACAUGCGAAAUCAACAACGCCAGCAGCUGCUGGAAGUUUCAUUUGUUUGUGCCAUGAGCGGUUAUCAUUCUUUUUAUUACUGUAGUACUAUUGGCCCAAUCA